AAAGCAAUUGCUCUUGCUGUCAUGGAGUCAUUAAAGUUACUCACAUUCCUAGGCAUAAUUUAUAUUGUACAGAUCUCAGGGCAUCGCAGACUGGAUGUACGCUUAAAGAUAAAUAAAAUUCUGAACGAGAGAAGAAGAGACAUCAGAAACAGCGAACAGCCGACAAACCGUAUAGAGGAGCUGUUGAUAGAUAAAUAUAAUGGCCUAAAAGCUGUGGACAAAGGAAAAUCUAUCGAGAGUACAAACAUUGUCCGACUCCAGGAAACGUACAAAGGCGUUCCCAUUUACAAUGCUUACAUCACGGAGGAAGUUGAUUCCGACACGGGUCAUUGGACAGGUCAAGUUUCCGGUUCAUGGUACGACGAUCUGGAGGAGGAUAUAAAAGAAGUUGUUCCACGUUUGAGUGAGGAUCAAGCGUUAUCGGUUGCUUUGCUCAAUGAGGGAUUAAAUAAUACGUCAAUGAUAUAUAAGAGUGAGACUCUCUUGAUGAUAAUGCCAACUGAUGACAGAGCAGUUCUGUGUUAUGACGUCACAAUGACAAUUAUUGCACCAGGAAUAAUGAAACGACCAGGAUAUGUCAUUGAUGCAAAUUCUGGACAAAUGCUUUACAGAACACAACGAUUACAGAAUUCUGGUAUUAAUGCUGUAGGUGGUAACAAGAAAACACAGAAAAUUAUUUACGGUGAAGAUUUCCCGCCUCUAAAAGUCAAAAUUGAUCAAGCAAGGAAAAGAUGUCAACUUAAAUCCAAAUACGUACGAGUGUUCGAUUUACAAACUGCAACAACACCUUCAUCAAAAUCUAAGCCAUAUAAAUUUCCUUGCAGCAAAGGCAUAAAAGACAAUGUAAACGGAGGAUUUUCUCCAAUGGCCGAUGCUUUUUAUAUGUCAGAGAAAGUCUUCAAAAUGUUUGAAGAAUGGGCACACGCGCCUCUUGUAUCCAAGCCUCCAGUUGAUGUAUGGGUACAUUAUGGAAAGUUACAAUUUGAGGCUUCAUACAAUGGAGUAAGUUUAGUGUUUGGUGAUGGUGGUAAGUAUUAUUAUCCAUUAGUUACGUACGAUGUAGUUGGCCACGAGUUUGCUCACAUUUUCACCGAGGGUCACUCACAUCUCGUGUAUGCCAAUCAGUCUGGUGGUGUUAAUGAGGCAUAUUCCGAUUUAGCUGGCGAAGCCUUAGAAUUUUACAUCACUGGGACGUUUGAUCUUCAUAUUGGUGCUAAGUCGGAUAAAAAUGAUAAUGAAGGGAUCCGUGAUAUAUGCAAUCAAAAUAAGGAUGGAAGCUCUAUAGUCCAUGUGCAAGAUUACCAGGAUGGAAUGGAAGUUCAUGAUUCCAGCGGAAUAUUCAACAAAGUGUCAUGUACAUUGAUCAACGAACCCAGUUUGGGACUUAAGAUAGUUUUUCAGAUCUUUACUCAUGCUAACCGGUUCUAUUGGGCUCCUCAUUCCAAUUUUUCGGAUGCAGCUUGUGGGGUCCUAAAGGCCACUUAUGAUCUAGGUCACGAUUUAGAAAUUAUUCGAAAAGCAUUCAAGGUAGUGGGAAUCGAUGUAUGCAAAAUAGAGUCAUACAUCCGAAAAAUUUACGGGAAAACACACAUCAAGAGUUUGACCGCAAAAGGAAAAGAAAAUAUUGUCUUUGGCUUUGAUGGACAUACAUCUUCUGGUCGGUUUAUUCGGAUUUUUACAGAGGGUGGAUCUGGUGACGUUGAUUUAUAUGUAAAUAAUGAUUUAGAUCUGGACAAAACUUUGACAACAUACAAAUCUUCUUACGUAGGCAACACGGAGGUAUUACAAAUUCCAUUUGAGCAAUGUCUGGUGAAAAUAUGUUAUAUUCAUCUUAUUCCUAGAGCUGAAGGCUUUGAAGGAGUUUCUUUUCAGAUUGAUAUUAUUUGAGAAAGGAAAGAUUUUUUUUACAAAUCGAAAUAUAAAGAAUCCAUAGUCAUCUAAAGACUGUAUAGUUCAUCUCAUAUAUACAUCUGUUAAUUAAACAUGGAUAAUGUUAUAUUGCUGUAGGAAAAGAAUGUUGUAAAAUUAAUAUUUAUUUAUUUUUAAGUUAAUUACUUUUCAUAUUAUUAUCAGGCAUGCUCAUGUGACAUUUUUUUCU